AAUAGCUGGUCGCCACAAGGUAAACCAUUACACUUUAAAGAGAAGACUUGGUUUUUGGUAAAGGUAGUUGAGGUUAGGGUUGGUGUUUGGCAUGGUGGUGUCAUGUAUAUUAAUAUCAGUCAAAGCAACGACUUCCUAUUUAACAUUUUUUGUUUGUUACUGGAUGUUUGAGUGACAGUUCUGACACAUUUCAGCCUCCUGUCUGCUUGCUCAGGUAAAUACUGUAAUUUGCCAGAAGUGAGGAUACACCCAGAUUUUUUUUUUUUUUUGUUGUGACACUGCAGGGAUAUCCCCCCCUCAGGCCUCUUUAGACUGUAUGACAGUGAAAGAGAAGCAGGCAACUAUGGCUUCUGCCCUCCGACGAGGCUUCAGGCAGUAAAAGACAAGAGAGAAACAUUGAGCUUUAACUGGAACAUGACGAACUCCCAGAUGAAGGCCACUGACACCUCCUCCUAUGAAGUCCCACAGCUGACCCAUGAAAACCAGGAGGAAUUAAAGAAAAACACUGAUGAAGGCAAAGAACCAAGACGUCCGACCAUCAGCUCUAUGCAGCAAACUGCAGCCUCCCCAGCUGUCUCUGAAGAAAAGCUGAACCAGUGCGAGACUUACGAUGAUAAGAUGCCGCCCAAACCUCCAAGGAAGAACUCCCAGAUGAAGGCCACUGACACCUCCUCAUAUGAAGUCGAACAGCUGACCCAUGAAAACCAGGAGGAAUCAAAGCCUGAAGUCAUUGAUGAGAGCCAGUCUGAGGUCAAAGUCAAACCUGUACCUCGUCCCAGGACUAAAAUACAACCAAAAGACCAAAGUAACCACACCAACAACUCUGCUGAUUCUGUAGACACAACCAGCAGGACAACCAAUGGAGAGAGUUCCCCGCUCAGUGAAAAGCCUGCAGUCUAUAAGAGGCCUGGUCCUGCUCGUCCCAGACCUCCAAGCACAUAUUUGACUUCAAUUGUUUCCAAAAUCAAGGCCAAGGAGGAGAACAUUUAUGUCAAUGUAAAACCUGUAACAACUGUGGAGCCUCCAGCUGAGGGCACUGAGAAAACACAAUCUUCUUCUCGACCACGGCCUGCACGCCCACCUCCUCCUGCUAUCUACUAUGAGAGACUAACUUCUUCAUUAAAGCUUAAAUCUGAGAAAAACAUUGAUGAAGGCCAAGAUCCAAGACGUCGGUCCAUGAGCUCUAUGCAGCAAACUGCAGCCUCCCCAGCUGUCUCUGAAGAAAAGCUGAACCAGUGCAAGACUUACGAUGAUAAGAUGGCCACAAAAAGACCUGCAGUCCCGCCUCGGCUCGGGCAAUCCACCCUUCCCUACUCAGCCUCAGAGUGUGACUACUCCACUCAACAGAUCAGACCACCACCACCGUCGUUCACCCCACCACCCCCACCUUCAACAGAGUCAAUCUACAGUGAGAUAGAUUAUCGACCAUACCUGGACGUCCUGCCAGAUGAUAACCAAAGUAUGAGGUCAACAUUUGGUUCUGCAAAAAACUACCCGCUUGGCUUCUACUCAUCUUACCACCAAAGCACAGAGGGCACAGAGGACAUCAGGUGGAUGUUGAGAUGGUUCAAAGGAGUGUCCAAAUCUGACUCGAUGGAUCCGCCACAAUAUGGCCUCAGUAUAGAGGAGGAAUCCAGAUCAUUCAAUCAGAGAGCCAUGAAUGUGAGAAAAGCCCUCCGUCUCUACAACCUCCUCAUGAUGAAACGCAAUGAAACUCUGCGGGACAUCAUCGCAGACUUCAACGUCAUCUGCGAAAGCCUGGACAAGAUGCACAAGCAGAAUAAAACUAUGGGCAUCGCGGGAGGCACCACUGGCGCUGUGGGAGGAGUGACUGCAGUGUUGGGGAUCGCCUUGGCCCCUGCGACCUUAGGUGCCUCGCUGAUUGCUACAGCCGUCGGUGCUGGUAUGGUGGCAUCUGCGGGGGGCAUAAAUGCACACAAAAACAAGGUCAACAAGAAGUUUCUUAAUAAGAUGGCAGUGGAGAAACUGGUUUAUGACUACAAGGAAAAUGUUGUUGACCUGGAACAUUGUCUGGAUUUUAUCCUCUCUGGGAUGAACGAGCUGAGAAGGCACGACAUUGCCAGGCUACAGAGGGCGGGAGCGCCGCCUGAUGCAGUCAAGAUAGCGCAUCUGUCACAGUCUGUGCAUAGGAUGGAUGAUGGCAAGAAGGUAUCUCACACAGGUAGGAUGUCGUCCGAGAGACUACUUCAGGAGUUUGCCAUGGAAAUCGAUCAGUAUUUCAAAGAAAAGGAUGAUCGAAAGCUGAAGAAGUCAUCCAGGAGCAAGUUUUCUGGAAGGGUUUGCAUGCUCGCAAAAAAUCUGCAGAGUGAACUAGAUCACCUGAAUCGUAUAUGGGAAAUGUUCAGUUGAAUGAAAUGAGAGCUCUUUGUGUCCAUUUGUAUGUGUCUGAAUGAGAGAGUGUGUUUCCGAAUGCCAUAAUAUGUGAAGUUAGAAAUUAAAAUGCCUUAUUUAUCACAUGUAUUUUAAUAAACAUCAAAGUUUAAUAGAAUAUCUUUGUGUUUGUUAAGUUUUGUAUUUCGGCAUGUAGGGAAUGUGUUUCCUCAUGCCACUUGACUAUUACAUUCCUUAUUUAUAUAUUUCAAUAAAUAUUUUGGGUACGUUUUGCGAUUGCUAUUUUGUAGGCUAUGUGUGAGUGAAAGUUUGUUUGGAACAGUAAAAAAUGUGUAGGCCCUAUAUGUGAUUAAAAAAAUAUAGCCUAUAU